GAUUUGUAGUUCAUGGUGAAAUUGGCUUGAGAUGCGAGAUAGUCAACAUCGACAUAGAUCCUGAGUCCAGACUUUGCUUGAAGCUGCAUCUGAAUGAAACCUGACGCUACAUUACAUAGUUUCAACUGCUUGAGCGAGACAACUGAAUGAUGUUGUUGUGGAAUUAGAAGCAAGGCAUAGUGAAUCUCAAGAACGUUUUUCACGAGCAUCUGACGGAACAUAUAAAAAGAUUAUUUGUAUGGCAGCAGCAAAAGGGGAUUGGAAUAAGGCUUCAUCCUAUGAUAAAACUCAUCCUAACUGGAUAUCUACUCCCUUGACUAUGGAUGGAGAUACAGCUCUUCAUAUUGCAGUGAGGAUGGAAAAAAUCAAAUUUGUUGAAAAGUUGGUUAAACGUACAAACAAAAAAGAUAUGGAAAUUCGUAGAGUUGAUGGAAAUACUGUCUUUUGUUUAGCUGCUAUUUCAGGAAACGUGAAAAUUGCAAGAAUUUUAUGUGAAAAGAAUCCAGAAUUGGUAUGGAUUAAAGGUCAUGAAGAAAAGUUGCCAAUUCAAUUGGCAUCCUCAGCCGGGCAACUUCAUAUGGUGGAGUUUUUGUUUCAAAGGAUUCAACAAUUCAACAACAUUAAUUUACUACCAUUUCAAGAUAUUGUCAAUCUAUUUUUCUUGACCCUUACCAACAACAUUUACACUGCGUCAAAGAGUUUAUUGGAAAAAAAACCAGGACUCGCUUGUAUAGAAAAUGAAGAUGGGAUAACUGCCUUACAAUUGCUUGCUAAAUCAUCCUUUCAAAAGCAUGCUAGUGGUUAUAAAGAUUUUUUAAGAUCGUUGUUUGAGAGAAUAGAAGAAGAAGAAGAAGAAGACCAACUUGUGCAAUCUAGAAAAACUUCAAAAGCAAUGUUUGAGGCAGCAAAAUCAGGAAACAUUAUAAUUUUAGAUUUUAUCUUCAACUACAAUCCGAAUCUAUUCAUGGAAGUCAAUUCAAAAGGGCAAAGCAUACUUCACAUUGCUAUCUUAUAUAGGAAAGGAAGUGUAUAUCGUUUAAUAUUCACAAAGGGUUCAUACAAGAAUGUUUUAGUGCAACAUAUUGAUCUCGAGGGAAACAAUAUUCUUCACUUGGCUGGAAAGUUCGCAGUUGAAGAAAGAUUUGGAUCCCCUACACAUCAAGCUCUUAUUUGCAGUGAAGAGUUAUGGUUUAAGGAAGUGGAGAAGAUAACUCCUCCUACAUUCAAAAACAUGAAAAAUCAUGAUGGUAUGACCCCAAUAGAAUUGUUUUAUGAAAAACACAAACGAUCGUCUGAAAAAGCUGUAGAAGAAGUGAAUGGAAUAUCAAAUACUUUUAUAGUAGUUGCAACACUUAUUAUCACAUUAGGGAUCACUGGAGCGCUCACAAUUCGUACUAAUCCUGUCGGUCCAAAGUCAAUAUUAUUUUGUGAUGACAUAUGGUACAUGAUAUUCAUUCUAUCAAUUGGAGUUGGAGUGAGUUUUUGUGCAUCAUCGGUACUUUUAUUCACCUCAGUUAUUCUCCCUUCAACUUGGAGGUUAACAGGAGGUUAUGUGUAUUCGAGGAUAACAAGGAUGACAAUAGGAUACUUGUUCCUUUAUGCCUCUGCUUUGGUCAUGGGUUUGUUUUCUACUAUGUCUGGUGUUGUUUUGGUCUAUGAUUUCCUCCCUGGUUGGGUCUUUUAUUCCAUUUUUCCACUUUGUGUUAUGCCAGCCUUCGCCUUUGUUUGCUUUUCCUAUUAUUCUUUAUACAUCGCUGCGCGUUUGCUACGAGUCUUUUUCCAAGAAUGUGCAGCUAUGGUUUUGUCCAUAAUGGGGAUUGACUAUAACUGGCCUCUUUUUUACUUGGAAUGAAAAAUUUAUACUAGAUUGUGAUUGAAUUUGUAAGUGAUUGAAUUUGUAAUCUCAAGAGACAUAUUGUCUUAAUAAUAUACAACCUGAAGUUGAUAUUAAUUGUUA